AAAAAACCCUAAAAAGAGGAGAGAGUGUGAGAGAGAGAGAGAGCAAAGCGGAGUAAAAAUGGUGCAGCGUCUUGUAUACCGUUCCCGUCACAGCUACGCCACCAAAUCUAACCAGCACAGAAUCCUCAAAACCCCUGGUGGUAAAUUGACUUUUCAGACCACUAAGAAGCGUGCAAGUGGACCAAAAUGCCCCGUUACCGGCAAGCGUAUUCAGGGUAUUCCUCACUUGAGGCCUGCUGAGUACAAGAGGUCUCGAUUGUCAAGGAACAGGAGGACCGUGAACCGUGCUUAUGGUGGUGUUUUGUCCGCUCUUGCCGUUAGAGAAAGAAUUGUUCGUGCUUUCCUUGUUGAGGAGCAAAAGAUAGUGAAGAAAGUGUUGAAGCUUCAAAAGGCCAAGGAAAAGGUUGCUCCCAAGAACUAG